UUUGAUAAUGUGUGCAGAUCACAGAUUAACCUCUGAUAAGCCUUGUUCUAUGGUUCUAUGCUCUUUGAUGCUUUUUUAGGUUAGGUGUCAUAAAAUUUCUCUUCAAGAAUUCGAAAUGUUUUCGCUAAAUAGGGCUCUGCAGAAAUUGUCGAUUGUUGAAUUAUCAAAAUUACAAAAAAUCAAUGUUCGUUUUAAAGCGAAAAUAGUGGAUUUGCCUCAGAUCGGACAUGGCGUAUCUUUUAGAAGAAAGGUCCACUUUCCUGAUGAGUACACGGUAAAGCCCCUGGAAGUAACGAAUCUGGGGGGCAGAGAUCCCAAAACUGGUCGAGUGGUAGUUAAUGGGAUCGGGGGUGGAAUUAAACACAAGUACCAUUGGAUUGAUUGGGUACGAACUGGACCCAAGGAAGGGCCACCACAAGUCGAAAAAGUAAUCAAAAUAAUUAAAGAUGGAUGUAGAACAGCUCAUGUGGCCUUAGUAGCUGUCGGAGACCGACUCAAGUAUAUCCUCGCAACGGAAAAUAUGAAAGCUGGAGAUCUAAUAUGCACUUCAUGUAACAUUCCUCGAAUACCAGUGAGGGCGAAAGAAGGCGAUGCACAUCCGAUAGGAGCUUUGCCAAUGGGCACUCAAGUGCACUGCAUUGAAAAAUAUCCAGGGCAGGGUGGAGUUUACGUGCACGCGGCAGGCAGUUGUGCGACCAUUUUACGUAAAGCACCAAAUAAUCGGGUGAUUGUUACAAUGCCCAGCAAAAAGGAAUUCAGUUUCCCAGAAGUAAAUAUGUGCACAGUGGGCAGGCUCAGCAAUGUGGCUCAUGCUGAUACCCCGAUAGGGUCGGCUCAAAAAAAUAGGGAACUUGGUAACAGACCACGAUCAGGUUGGUGGCAAAGGAAAACGGGAAGAUUUGGCAGAAAAAUUAGAAAGCCUCCUCCAGUGAAAGACAUAAAUCCUAUUUCGACCCCGCGAGCAGAGCGAGUCGCUCUAACAUACACUCACCCUUUUGUUCAUACAAACCAACCAUGCUUUCACUAUUAGCGAUAAAUGUCCUUAAGUUACUCGUUUUACACGAUUUUGUUGGCAUAUUUUCAAUAAAUGUUCAGUGUAGACGACAUAAUAAAGUUAUUAUGUAAAUUA